AUGGCUGGUCUGGAAGAUAUGUGGGCACAUUUCACUCUUACAGAGGAAGAAGAAGGGGGUGCAGACAUUCCGAACAAAGAGGAUGUGGAGGUUCACCAGUUGGCAGGGAAGUUUUUUACGAAACGAACGCUAAAUGUUGAUGCAGUGGCUCGCACCUUCAAGCCACUGUGGAAACCGGCGGGUGAGUUAAAGAUUCGUGACUCGGGUGAUAAUGUGUUGGUAUUUGAGUUUGAAGAUGUUUUGGACCUUGAACGAGUCCUCGAAUACGAACCUUGGUCGUAUGACAAAAGCUUAAUAGCUUUCCAAAGGGUUCUUGACGUUGAACAGAUACCCCAUCUUAAUUUCGGUCAGGUUACUUUCUGGGUGCAGUUGCACAAUAUUCCAUUUAACAACCUAUCCCAGGAAACCGGUGAAGCAGUAGGUAACUCAAUUGGGAUGGUGGUUCAAGUGGCUGACCCGGAAGACGACGGCGCGGGCGGCGAGUUCUUAAGAGUCCGAAUAACCAUGGAUAUUUCCAAGCCACUUCCGCGCUGCUCAAGACUUCGAUCAGGGGGAAGACAGUUAGGGCUGGUGGGACUCAAAUACGAACGCCUCCCUAACUUUUGUUAUUGGUGCGGUCGUGUUACACAUGGGGAGCGAGACUGUGAAGUUUGGUUGAGGGGAAGAGGGAAGUUGAGAAGAGAGGAUCAACAAUACGGCGAGUGGUUGAGAGCGGAACCGAUUCGCCAAAGCAGAAAAACCGUGGCUGUUAUCCCAGGCAAUGCACUCAACCAGCCGCCAUGGUGGAAGAAAAACCAAUCAAGCAAAAGUAAUGAAACCCCAGCUCCACGUCGAGAUGAUGUACACCAUGAUGCACAGUCUGCUAUGGAGGCCGAGCAUUACAUGGAUAACUUUGUGGCUUUCAAGAAAGGCAAUACUGGAGUGGGCAGUGAGCAUGAUGAAGGACAACGUUGUGAUGCCGCUAAUGGGCCAUGUCUGAAACAAACCAAUCCGAGCCAUGCAGUGAGAUUGGAUGAAGAUGUUGUUGGUUUGUCUAUCCAAGAAAACUGCAUUCCAUCCGACAGGGGUAGGGCCGAGUGCUCACCACGUAAAGCCUCACUCCCCCUUAGUUCGAGAACUAAUCCAAUUCCAUUGCAAGAUUGCACAAACAGUGUUACCAACUCUAAUCCACAAGUAUCCAUUCGAACCUGGAAGAAGUUGGCCCGUGAACCAGGUAAUCCAAUUCCAAUCUCUUCUCCUAUGGUUAUUGAUAGAAGACCUAGCAUUGAACUAGUUGAUAUGAGGGGAGGGAAAAAAUUAUGUUUGGCAGAAUGUAACAAUCUUGAAAAAGAAAACUUGAAGGUGGUGGCUGGUUCCCAGCACCACCGGGCCCAAUGA